AUGGAGGACUCGAGCAUGUUCAUGCAGUGGGCCAUGGACACGCUGCUGAACGAGCACCCGGAGCCUGCCAUCAUCGGCGACGGCUGCGGCGACGGCGAGGCAACCUUCCCUUCGCUCCAAGCGCUCCGCAACGCCUCCCACGCCGUGGAAAUGGUCCGGGAGCUGAUGGCCGACGAAGCCCAUGAUGCGGCCAACAGCUGGAGCUCCGGCGACGGCGACAUCACGGACGGCAGCGGCACUACUGUUCGAGCCCCAGCUGCGGCCAGGGACGAUAACCAUGGCUCCUGGCCGCAGUCGCAGUGCUCGUUCAGGCGCGCCCCGCCGCCGAGCAGCAACACCAACCUGCCGUUGGUUAGCUGGAACUUCGUCACCGGCUCGGCGCAGCCUGGCAGCGGCGGCAUGGUGGAGGAGGGCGCCGCCCCACGCAGCUUGCCUGAGCCGGCCCACGUGUCACCGCCGCGGACGAGGAGAGCCUCCCUGAGAAGCCUGGGAGCCGCAUCGUCGGCGUCGUACGCGCCAGACCACAUCAUCGCCGAGCGGAAGCGGCGGGAGAAGAUCAACAAACGCUUGAUCGAGCUCUCCACUGUCAUCCCCGGCCUCAAAAAGAUGGACAAGGCAACGAUCCUCUCCGACGCGGCCAAGUACGUGAAGGAGCUCCAACAGCGGCUCAAGGCACUGGAAGAAGAGGCAGCCGCCGCCGGCAGCAACGCCAGGAGCAACGAAACCGUGGUGCGCGUCAAGAAGCCGUGCAACGCCGCCGCCGCGGCUGCCGACGAGAAUGGCUCCCCGUCGUCGAUGUCGGCGUCGUCGGGGCCACCAGCGACGGGCAAACCAGCUCUUCCAGAGAUCCAGGCACGGUUCUCGGAGAAGAGCGCGAUGGUGAGGAUCCAUUGCGGGAGCGGCAAGGGGGUGGCCGUGACGGUGCUCGCCGAGGUCGAGGAUCUCGGGCUCAGCAUCGUCCAUGCCAACGUCAUGCCGUUCUCGGCUUGCACCGUGAUCAUAACCAUCACCGCCAAGGUGGAGGAGGGCUUCACCGUAACAGCGGAGGAGAUCGUAGACCGGCUCAACUCUGCAUUAUCACACCAGCAUAGCAACUGCAACGGCACUGAAGAAACAGGAAAUUGACUGUGCAACGGUGGAUAUAUAUAUAUAGGUGCAGAGUGUGAAGUGAUAUACGAAAGUGUGGACGUGCACACAGAUGCUUGCAAGUUGCUACACGAGAAUUCCUGCACCACAUGUCUACCUUGUCACGGAAAUGUUCUCAAGAUCAAGUACAGUUAUUGCUUCCAAUGAAAAGGAGCAGCUGUCACUAUAUGCAAAUUCACACAUGUUUUUUCUUUUUUUUUUGGGGUAAAAAGUAUGUGCAUGUACUGUGUCGUGCUUUUUGAUAGAUUAAUAAACCCUGUAUUCAUAUA